AUGACAGGCUUUUGUCAGCAACAUCAGAGCUCCGGCACCUAUAAAGUUGGCACUGCACCUCUGGGUAACACUAAUGUGGAACAACAACACAUUUGGCUUAACCCGACUGAUCAGUCUUCAACUACUGGGGGCCCCAGACACCAGGCUACAACUACUGGGGGCCCCAGACACCAGUCUUCAACUACUGGGGGCCCCAGACACCAGGCUACAACUACUGGGGGCCCCAGACACCAGGCUACAACUACUGGGGGCCCCAGACACCAGGCUACAACUACUGGGGGCCCCAGACACCAGGCUACAACUACUGGGGGCCCCAGACACCAGGCUACAACUACUGGGGCCCCCAGACACCAGUCUUUAACUACUGGGGGCCCCAGACACCAGUCUUCAUCUACUGGGGGCCCCAGACACCAGUCUUCAUCUACUGGGGGCCCCAGACACCAGUCUUCAGCUACUGGGGGCCCCAGACACCAGUCUUCAGCUACUGGGGGCCCCAGACACCAGUCUUCAUCUACUGGGGGCCCCAGACACCAGUCUUCAUCUACUGGGGGCCCAGACACCAGUCUUCAGCUACUGGGGGCCCCAGACACCAGUCUUCAGCUACUGGGGGCCCAGACACCAGUCUUCAUCUACUGGGGGCCCCAAACACCAGUCUUCAUCUACUGGGGGCCCCAGACACCAGUCUUCAGCUACUGGGGCCCCAGACACCAGUCUUCAGCUACUGGGGGCCCCAGACACCAGUCUUCAGCUACUGAGGGCCCCAGACACCAGUCUUCAGCUACUGGGGGCCCCAGACACCAGUCUUCAGCUACUGAGGGCCCCAGACACCAGUCUUCAGCUACUGAGGGCCCCAGACACCAGUCUUCAGCUACUGGGGGCCCCAGACACCAGUCUUCAGCUACUGGGGGCCCCAGACACCAGUCUUCAGCUACUGGGGGCCCCAGACACCAGUCUUCAGCUACUGGGGCCCAGACACCAGUCUUCAGCUACUGGGGGCCCAGACACCAGUCUUCAGCUACUGGGGCCCAGACACCAGUCUUCAGCUACUGGGGCCCAGACACCAGUCUUCAGCUACUGGGGGCCCAGACACCAGUCUUCAGCUACUGGGGGCCCAGACACCAGUCUUCAGCUACUGGGGGCCCAGACACCAGUCUUCAGCUACUGGGGGCCCAGACACCAGUCUUCAGCUACUGGGGGCCCCAGACACCAGUCUUCAGCUACUGGGGGCCCCAGACACCAGUCUUCAUCUACUGGGGGCCCCAGACACCAGUCUUCAUCUACUGGGGCCCAGACACCAGUCUUCAUCUACUGGGCCCCAGACACCAGUCUUCAUCUACUGGGGGCCCCAGACACCAGUCUUCAUCUACUGGGGGCCCCAGACACCAGUCUUCAGCUACUGGGGCCCAGACACCAGUCUUCAGCUACUGGGGGCCCAGACACCAGUCUUCAGCUACUGGGGGCCCAGACACCAGUCUUCAGCUACUGGGGGCCCCAGACACCAGUCUUCAGCUACUGGGGCCCAGACACCAGUCUUCAUCUACUGGGGGCCCAGACACCAGUCUUCAUCUACUGGGGGCCCCAGACACCAGUCUUCAUCUACUGGGGGCCCCAGACACCAGUCUUCAUCUACUGGGGGCCCCAGACACCAUUCUUCAUCUACUGGGGGCCCCAGACACCAGUCUUCAUCUACUGGGGGCCCAGACACUAGUCUUCAGCUACUGGGGGCCCAGACACCAGUCUUCAGCUACUGGGGGCCCAGACACCAGUCUUCAGCUACUGGGGCCCAGACACCAGUCUUCAGCUACUGGGGGCCCAGACACCAGUCUUCAGCUACUGGGGGCCCAGACACCAGUCUUCAGCUACUGGGGGCCCAGACAUCAGUCUUCAGCUACUGGGGCCCAGACACCAGUCUUCAUCUACUGGGGCCCAGACACCAGUCUUCAUCUACUGGGGCCCAGACACCAGUCUUCAUCUACUGGGGGCCCCAGACACCAGUCUUCAUCUACUGGGGGCCCCAGACACCAGUCUUCAUCUACUGGGGCCCAGACACCAGUCUUCAUCUACUGGGGGCCCCAGACACCAGUCUUCAUCUACUGGGGCCCAGACACCAGUCUUCAGCUACUGGGGGCCCCAGACACCAGUCUUCAGCUACUGGGGCCCAGACACCAGUCUUCAGCUACUGGGGGCCCAGACACCAGUCUUCAGCUACUGGGGCCCAGACACCAGUCUUCAGCUACUGGGGGCCCAGACACCAGUCUUCAGCUACUGGGGCCCAGACACCAGUCUUCAGCUACUGGGGGCCCAGGCAAAUGUUUUUCAAGAAUAUUUUUAUGUUGA